UGCCCCUGGCCCAAUUUCUAACCUAAAUCCCCAAAUGAACAAUCUUGGCGCCAACCCCAAACCCUCUCAUACCGCCGACGAUGCUCCCCGCCGCCGCUGCUACUCUGAUGCUCUAAGCUUGACGGGGAAAGAGGACGAAGAAAAAGCAGGACGAUGUCCACAUGCCCAAUCGUUCUCGUCGUGCAGCAACCUGAUUCGGAGGUUCUCCUUCCUCCUCGGCGACGCGCGGCUCUUGUUUCCUUCCUCCUCUGUGACGGCGCGCUUCUGGUUUGGAGAGCGGCGCGGCAGGUCUGAGUACGAGUGGAGAGAAGGGAAGGGGACGACAGGGGGUGUGGGGGCGGCGGCGCCGAUCGUCGGGCGAGGCGAGUAGAAGCAGGGAGAGAUGGCAGCGCCAAUCGUCUAGCAUGAGCAGGAGCAGAGGGAGGCGGCGGCGGCUCGUCGGUUCAGGGUUUAGGGCAAUUUAAUUGGAAAGCUCUCCAACUUGUUUCGGGUUGAUGUUUUUGUUAAUUGGGACCAAAAUUGUCCAUUCAGUAUAGUUUAUGGUGAUUUAUUCGAAAAUUUAGUUGUGUUAAAUAAAAGUUCACUUACCAC